CUCUAAGAGUAACAGGACUCGUCUCAGACUCCUUCCGCCUUCUCUAGGUCCACGCUCCGUCCCCGCCUCCCCCUUCGCCACGCCUCCCCGGCAGCGCAAAGCUUUAUACGCCUCUGUGUGGGCUUUUGUAGGUGUUUGUGGCUGUGAGCAGGACAUAUGGACGGGCAACUGAGAUUCGACGGGCGGGUGGUGCUGGUCACCGGUGCGGGGGGAGGAUUGGGACGAGCAUAUGCCCUGGCUUUUGCAGAAAGAGGCGCAUCAGUAGUUGUGAAUGAUUUAGGAGGAGACUUCAGGGGAAUGGGAAAAAGCUCCUCAGCUGCUGAUAAUGUUGUUGAAGAAAUAAGGAAGAAAGGGGGAAAAGCUGUGGCUAACUAUGAUUCUGUGGAAGCUGGAGAGAAGGUUGUGAAGACAGCACUUGAAGCUUUUGGAAAAAUAGAUAUUGUUAUAAACAAUGCUGGGAUCCUGCGGGAUCGUUCCUUUGUUAGGAUAAGUGAUGAAGACUGGGAUCUAGUCCAUAAAGUUCAUUUGCGGGGAUCAUUCCAAGUGACCCGAGCAGCAUGGGAUCACAUGAAGAAACAAAAGUUUGGAAGGAUCAUUAUGACUGCAUCAGCUUCUGGAAUUUAUGGCAAUUUUGGUCAAGCAAAUUAUAGUGCAGCUAAACUUGGUCUUUUGGGUCUUUCAAAAACACUUGCAAUUGAAGGCCGGAAAUUCAACAUCCACUGUAAUACUAUUGCACCUACUGCUGGAUCCCGGAUGACUGAAACUGUUAUGCCACCGGAGCUGGUGGAUGCUUUGAAGCCUGAUUAUGUGGCUCCCCUUGUCCUCUGGCUAUGUCAUGAGAGCUGUGAAGAGAAUGGAAGCUUAUUUGAGGUUGGAGCAGGCUGGAUUGGGAAAUUACGUUGGGAGCGAACUCUUGGUGCCAUUGUCAGGCAGAAAAAUCAGCCAAUGACACCGGAGGCUGUGAAGGCUAAUUGGGAGAAGAUCUGUGACUUUGACAAUGCUAGCAGGCCUCAGACUGUCCAAGAGUCAACUGCAGGUAUGAUUGAAGUCCUGAAUAAAAUAGACUCUCAGGAAGACAUUUCCAUGAGUCAUACAAGUCAUGCUGUAUCAGAGACCACUUCAAGAUUUAAUAGAGUAAUUGGCUAUAAGCUGCCGCAGCAGACCUUUUCUUAUACCGAACUUGAAGCUAUUAUGUAUGCCCUUGGAGUGGGUGCAUCAAUUAAGAAUCCAGAAAACUUAAAAUUUCUUUAUGAGGGAAGCUCAGAUUUCUCCUGCUUACCUACCUUUGGCGUCAUCGCAGCUCAGAAAUCUAUGAUGGGAGGAGGACUCUCAGACGUUCCAGGACUUAAUGUAAACUUUGCAAAGUUGCUUCAUGGUGAGCAGUACUUGGAGUUGUAUAAACCACUUCCUAGAACAGGACAGUUAACCAGUGAAUCUGUUAUUGUUGAUAUUUUGGAUAAAGGAUCAGGAUUAGUGAUACUUCUGGAUGUUUAUUCCUACAGUGGGAAAGAGCUUAUAUGCUUUAAUCAGUUCUCUGUCUUCAUUGUUGGCUCUGGAGGGUUUGGUGGAAAGAAGACAUCAAAUAAAGCCAAGGAAACUGUGCCACCACCAAAGAGACCACCUGAUGCUGUGCUCGCAGAUACCACCUCACUCAAUCAGGCUGUCUUAUAUCGGCUCAGUGGAGAUUCGAAUCCUUUACACAUUGAUCCUAGCUUUGCUAGUCUUGGAGGCUUUGACAAACCCAUACUACAUGGCCUUUGUUCGUUUGGAUUUUCAGCGAGGCACGUUUUACAGCAAUUUGGAAACAACGAUGCGUCUAGAUUCAGAGCAAUUAAGGCCCGUUUUGCAAAACCAGUAUAUCCAGGACAAACUCUAUUAACAGAAAUGUGGAAGGAAGGAAAUAGAAUUCACUUUCAGACCAAGGUCCAAGAAACUGGAGACAUUGUCCUUUCAAAUGCAUAUGUGGAUCUUGUACCAACAUCUGAUGAUCUCUCAGCUAAGGUAUCUUCUAAGGAUGGAGCACUUCAGAGCACCCUUGUUUUUGAGGAAAUAGGUCGUCGCAUCAAAGAUGUUGGAAAGGAACUGGUGAAGAAGGUGAAUGCUGUAUUUGAAUGGAACAUCACUAAACAUGGAAAAACUGCAGCACAAUGGACUAUUGACCUAAAAAAUGGCUCUGGAGAAUUAUACCAAGGCCCUGCAAGGGGUUCUGCUGACACAGUCUUCACUCUUUCAGAUGAAGACUUCAUGGAGGUUGUUCUGGGCAAGCUUAACCCCCAAAAGGCCUUCUUUAGCGGCAAACUUCGGGUCAAAGGCAACAUCAUGCUGAGCCAGAAGCUAGAGAUGAUUCUUAAAGAUUAUGCCAAGCUUUGAAGGGUCCAUCAGUGAGAAAAACUGAGAUUUCUUUCCACCAAAGCCUUUGUGAUUAUAUGGCAGAAGUCUUCAAAACUAAGUUGGUGGGAAGACAUUUAACAGUUUCAUAACAGAUAGGACUUUACUCAAGUUUUAAUUUUCUACUGAUUUGUCAUUUGAUUGUUAACAGUUUCUGGAAAUGGAUUUGAAGGUGCAUUGCAUAAAUUGAAUGCUUCUCUUCUUAGGUCUGCAUUUCUUCAUAACAUUAACUUUUCACCUUAAUAGGGUCUCUCUAUGGCUUAAAAUAAUGUUUAUAUUGAAAGAAAAAUUAAAUCAUUUAAGAAAACCUUUUUGCACAUUGUUUCUGCAUUGUUAUUUUCUAUUCCCUGGUUACAGGGCAUUUCAUUUUCAUUUGAAACUCAGUCCUUAUAUACUUGCAUAAUCCAUAACAAAACUGGUCUCAAGGUAGAAUAAAUAAUGAGGUACUUUGGUGAGACCUGCUCUGUCCGUGAAUUUCCUCCAUAAUCACUGGAAAUUCUUUAUUUUGUCAAACUAACUGAAAUUACACUGUUUAUCUUAGAUAGAGCCUUUUUGUUGUUGUUUAAUCCUCUUUAAAGUGCAGAUUCUAUUGUUCUCUUAGGAAAUAUUUUUUUCUGCUUAGGCCUUGGGUCCUAAGGUGCUAAGUAAACUGUGUAUCAAUAAUAAAUUAAGACUCAUGCAUAUUCUUUAGUCAUGGAUACCCAUGAUAGGGAUAGGCUAAAUGCACUAAGGCCUUUUUGGUUGGGGGUAAAGGAGUUGGGAGGGAGAGUCUUACCUGAAUCAGUAUCAAGGAAGGAGGGUCAUUCUUUGGAUUUGGUGGACUACUUAUUUCCAGUGGGAAAUAGUGGCUUGAAUGUAUCCCUCCUAAAGCAGGGUCUUGGAAACCUACACCUCUUUGUACUUGCUGAAUAUUUUUUAAAAUAUACGUUUGCUUAGUGUUUGUUUAUAUUUAGUAAAAUGUGGGGUUUUUGUUUGUUUUUGCCACUUUGAUUCAAUCCCUCCAGAUCAAGAACUUGCAUUUGCAAUCACUUGAGGAGAAUGAAAUAUACUGUGGCUUACGAAGCGGAGGGAUAGUAGCAUUGAAGUAAAAAUGGAUGAGUUGCUUCUAUUACUGGGGUGGCCUGUCAUCAAUCCUUAACAUUUGGUGUCAUAGGAAUUGUGGCCCGUGUGUGUAUGAUGACUUCCACCUGUGGGAUGGGUUAGAAGCCUUGCCAGACCCGUGCUCUCAAGGCAGGGAGAAAGGUGAUAAAAAAAAACACCCACCUAUUCCUUGACUAUUGUAUUGAAAGCCUGCCACUGAAUUAACAAAAGUAAAAUUUAAUUAUGCUCAUCUAGUUUCCACUGAAGAAAGAAGGGGCAAUUAAUGAAUGUUGUGAAGGCCCAUUCCCUCUAUCACUUCUGAAUGGGCAAUAGGAUUGUUACCCUAAUUUAACCUGGAAAAAGGCUGUAGAAUGGAAUAAAGAUAAUUUUCUCCA